ACAUUAUUACAAUCAAAUCGGAAUUCAUAACAAAAAAUUUUGAAAAUUGAAAUUUGUUUACAAACAUCGUUUUUAUCUCGAUUUCCAAAUUUUUAUUCGUUUUCUAAAAAAACUACGAAUUGUCUCUCGAAAUAGUGAAAAAUUGCGCAUAUAAAUUAUGGGUUUGCACUCUGUAUAUCAUUACGAUGGCGAUUGUGGGGUAGCGCAGUUUUUUAUGCGCCUUUCUGGUUGGACUUUGAAAGAAUUUGCGCUGCAAAAGCUACCAAAUGGUUAUGCGGAGCAUUGUGACUUUGGACCGCGUGUCGCAAAGUAUGAUUGGUUCGAGUUGCUGGCGAAGUAUCCAGUGUUGAUCGCAUUAUUAGUUAUUGCGGGGAUUACAAUACUUUUUUGGCUAUUUUGGUUAUGCUGCAAAGUAAGGGGUCUACAAAAAUCAAAAAAGAAGCGACAUCGUUGCUGUCUUUGCUUCACCACAUUCUUAUUGCUGUUAUUAUUGUUGCCACUUGGAAUUGGGUUGUAUUUGACUUUUCGUACAAAUUAUUUACUACGACGUACCAAAGAUGAUUCUAAACAAUUUAAGGACACAGGCAGAUCAGCAUUGGACAAUGAGCAUGCACAAACUUUGCCUCAAACAGAAUAUGAGGCUAGUCCCACACAGGUUACUGAAGAACUCAACGAAGCGAUAAGUAAUGAAUACGCAGAUUGGCAGCAGAUAAUAGCAGAAAAUGAGGAAAAGAACUUGGAACAGCUCAAUUAUUUAUAUACUAAUCGCGAAUUUUAUAGAACUGCAUUGCAGUCAUUGAAAGACUAUGCUUAUGAGUUGGUAAUACUGGGUUUGGAAAUGGAUGAUCUACUUCGUACAUUAUCCCGUGAAGCCAUCAUAUUUCUGCAAGCAAACGUUAAAAAUGCGUCCUCAAUAGACGCCAAAAUGUUGCAAAAUGGACAUAUAAAUAUGUGGCACCUUAAUGCAGUCUACCAGCAAUACACAUUUUCAUUGGAAUAUCUGGAGUACUUACUGAAAGCAUAUGAGAAUAUCACAGUUCUAGCAAACUCUAUAGCUGAGCAUACACCAGAGGCCAAUGAAAACUUCGCGCCAGCAUUACGAGGAUUUCCAAAACUCGACGAACUGGGGUAUGAUCCAACACAGGAAGAACCAAAAUGCACAAAAGACCCCAAACUGCCAAGUGCCAUUCUAUAUCUGGCGAUGAUUAUGUUUUUUGUUACUGUUGCCCUUGUUUACAUUCUACUAAUGGCGCUUGCAUUCGGAAUUUGCCGUUACUAUGCGCGUGCGAAUUGUAUGUUUAAAAUCUUCUUUUUUCUUAAUAUUUUGACCAUACCUGUACUGGCCAUAUUAACGGUAUUACAUUUUCUGCCCACCAUGGUAUUGCAUAAGGAAAUUUGUCACGAGCAUGAUGGUUAUCGCGCUGUCCCGCGAGAGAACGCUGAGUCCCUAGAACGCUCUCCAUUUAAUAAUAACGGCCCCAACGAAGCGCUCCGUUAUGAAAAUGACGAAUUAUCACCCACUGAUCUAACGCGAGACAAUAUUUUAACGAAAGUCGAGCGGAUGCUACCGAAGUAUAAUAUUUAUCAGAAGAAUUACCAGAAUAGCGAAUAUGCUGUAGAGGAAUUUCCGCAAGAGAAGUGGUACGAAAGCGACGUACAAGGUCUCCUCACCAAUGAAGACAUUCCAAAGAACGAGAGUUAUGUUAAACAGCACACCAAAGCGAAUACAACCGACGCAAAUAUAUUUUUAUGCAAACUGAAUACCAUUCCAAAUGCAGUUAAGGUAGAUUUGUAUGAGAAAGAAUUUGUGCCUAUCGCCACAGAACUGCACGAAGUGCUCAUUGAGUUUAAAAAUCGUGCACAAACGAAUGACUACGACAGUUUCACAAAGCGUUUAGAGAGUGCGCAAAGCGAGUUGUUUGUCUUCGAGAAAUUCUAUGCGCUCUCGAAAGACAAUUUCUUGUCCAUAUUGAGCGAGAGACUGCAUAAAAAGUUGAGCAAACACAGCAAAGCUUUACGGCAUCACUUACAACCCAGCGCUGGUCAGCGUAGUGCAAUGAAACAUUCAUCAAAAUGCGGUUGCCUGGAAGAUUUACUGAUGAUCUACGCCAUUGGCAGUGCCUUGUUAGUAUUCACACUAUUUCUUACAAUGUUCCUAAGCCUGUUGCUGUACAAACUCUACAAACGUGGGCCACCAAUUUGUGCCGGGCCACAACCGCCAAAAACUGACGGAAGUUCGGCGCGUGCUCCAGUAGCAGCUAGCGAGCCGCCAUGUGAGACAAAUACAACAGAAGCCAGUGCACAAUCUAAGGUGGAUGGUAAAGAUUGCGCUGUCCCUACGGUUGCGAAUUGUUGUGCCGCGCCGACCGGUACACCACUCAUUAAUACCGUAAACUUUAUACCGCCAGUGAUGGGCGCUUUUGGCUGUCAACAGAAUCCACCAAUGAUGUACCCACAAAACCCACCACAGAUGUGCGCACCAUCAUGUCAUAGAAAUCCACCACAAAUGUGUCCAACGCCCUGUCCACCACAGGUGUGUGCACCGGUCUGUCAACCAAAUCCAACACAGAUGUGCGCACCGGCUUGUCAACUGAAUCCAACACAGAUGUGUGGUAGCAAUCGAAACGACGGCGUUAUUUUGCCCUUGCCCUGCCGCAGCAGAACUCAAAUGGGUUGCAGCGGUGCGGAAGCUCAGUUAGUGGGUGGUGGCACAACAAAUGACAAAACAGUGACCGUUAUGGUUUUCCAAGGACCCAAGGAUCGUCAACCGUUGGUCACAUAUCCGCCGCCGCGUAAAUUGGAAAAGAAAUAACUGUAAAAUUAAUAUGAAUAAUAAAUAGAAAUUUUCAAAAACGUUCUCACUCUAGGCAUCAAU